AUGACUGUCGAUGUAGAGGAAGACAUCAUGAGGCCGAGCCUUCCAAUCAUCGCGUAUCACCAACUAGUCCCUUUUUCUCAGAUCCAGCAUUUCUCCUCGAUACAGACCAUCGUGGAGAACGUGAUGGAGGCUAAGAAAGUUCAUGUGGUUGACUUCGGAAUACGGAGCGGCAUCCAGUGGAUGAUCCUAAUUCAAGCCCUCAUGGCUCGACAAGAAUGCUCCCUAGAGCUGUUGAAGAUAACGGCAAUAGGUACUUGUUCGCAGCAAGCGAUCAAGGACACAGGUAAAAGGCUGGAGACUUUCGCUCGACUGUUCGAUGUGCCGUUUUCUUUCAAAAUGAUCAUGGUGCAGGACAUGCUAGAACUCAAGGAAGAACUUUUCGAUCUGGAUGAGGAAGAAUUCAUUGUCGUUUAUGCUGCGCUCCUCCUUAAAACGAUGAUUUCUCGGCCUGAAAGGCUUGAGUCCACCAUGAAGGCGAUUAAAAAGCUAAAGCCGUGUGUGAUGGUGGUUAUCGAAGUCGAGACGAACCACAACUCACCAGCUUUCAUAAAUCGGUUCGCUGAAGCGCUUUUCUACUACAGUGCCUACUUUGACUGUCUUGAAGAGUGUAUGGAACGAGAUCAUGAGAACAGAACAGUUCUCGAAUCUGUAUACUUUGGCCAAGGAAUUAGGACCAGACUGGCGGCUGAAGGAGAGGAAAGGAAUAGGCGGAACGUAAAAGUGGAUGUCUGGAGGGCAUUCUUCAGUCGGUUUGGAUUGGUCGAGGUAGAUUUGGGCACGGCGUCGCUGUAUCAAGCAGAUUUGAUGGCACAGAAAUUUCCAUGUGGAAGUUCUUGCACGCUCGACACGAACGGAAAAUGCCUGAUCAUCGGGUGGAAGGGCACGCCGAUUCAUUCUCUUUCCGCUUGGUGA